AUAUCGAAGUUGAAGUCUGAACCUUAAGGUUUUUCCGACAAAUGAAGCUAAAAAUCAACAAAGCCUCCGAUCUCAGCUCCAUCUCCGUUCUUCCUCCUCAUUCCAGGAGACCGAGUGCGGUUGCGACUGGAGCAGAGACUUCGAUUUUUGGAAAAAGCCAAGCGUCGGCAACGGUGUCGCAGUUCCGAUCACAAGCACCGAUUUCCCAGCUGUCGGCGUUUUCUCAAGGAGUUUCAUCUCAGCAUGGCCUCUUCUCUCAGAUAUCUCAGAACUCUCUCGAAGACGUCAUCACUCACGAGCAAAGAUUGAGUUCACAAGAAAGGGAGACUUCUGCAAAGAGGAAUUCUUUCUUGGCUCCUAUCAAUUGCCCAAGGGAAGAGAGUCAAAUGCAAAUUUCUAGAUCUUCUGCCAAUCAAAUGCGCAAAUGGUCCCUUCCUGAACACAAGUGCCAGAUCAAUGAAGAACUUGAACAUAGGAUAGGAAUGAUGGAAACUUCGUUAAGCAGGUUUGGAAUGAUCUUGGAUUCUGUUCAGAGUGACAUCAUGCAAGUCAACAAAGGAACAAAAGAAUUAGUGCUUGAGGUGGAAAGCAUUCGGCAGAAGAUGGUAGUUCAUGAUGAUCUGCUUCAGUUAAUGAACAAGGGACAGGAAGAUAUCAAAUCAAGUUUGAAUGGGGGCUUCAAAGCUUUGUCUGGGCAGUUUUCACAGAACGUUUUUCGAGAGAGUUCAAGGGAAAUAUCUUCAACAGUUUCAGCUUUGCCAGAAAAGAUUCAGGCUUCUAUGCUGAAAUUUCAAAAAGAUCUCAUGAAGACUUUCACGAAAGAAAUACAGACAAUUGCAAGCAGAGUACCAGUUGUUAACCAAAAACGUGGAACUCCUGUCAUCCCUCCUCCAAAGGGUGUUAAUCAUCGUGCUACUUUACAGGAAAUGCAGUCUCGUAAAAGUGCGCAACUGCAUCCCAAGGUUUCUCAAGAAAUUUUGGUUCCAAAGACUGAAUGUGGAGGGUGGAAGUCAGUAAAGCACCAAGAAGCUCCUUUUAAAGACAGAAAUCCAAAUAAGAGUUCCCACCAGGGAGGAAUCCCCUCGAUCAAGCAGGAAAGGAAGUGCAAAGUUGUGGUCGAAUCAGAUGAGGAUACUGAUGGCGGAAUUUUCUGCUUGUUCAAAGAAAUGCAAACAGGGAACAACUCCACUCAGGAAGCAAAUGAAGAGACUGAACGCAUACUGAGAAAAGCGAGAAGGCAAAAGAGAAAACGCUGUAACCCCAUUGUUAUAGACUAAAGGUGAAAUGACCCUUGAAAACCUUCUUGUUUCAAGCUUUGUGCCAAAAUCUACACAUGGAACUGCAAAUAAAUCUCUGCAAUACCCUCUUCCUCUAACGAACAAAAGUAGUUGUUUAAUUAGAAUUUGUUGUCAUUGU